CUGCUCUCCGUCGUCAUCCCUGCGUUCAAUGAAUCCGCUCGCAUCAUCGCCACACUGGAUGAGCUCGCGCGUUAUCUUGGUGAGCAGGAGUACAUCUCGGAAGUCGUCGUAGUGGAUGACGGCAGCGUGGACGACACGGCGGACCUUGUGAGUCAAUGGGCCGCCGACAGGGCCGACACGAGGCUGAUCCGGAUACGCCAUGCGGGUAAGGGCUGGGCGGUGCGGUGCGGUAUGCUGGCGGCACGUGGCGCCUACCGGUUCAUGUGCGAUGCUGACCUCGCUAUGCCGGUCCACUGGAUUGGAGAGUUCAUAGAAAGAAUGGAGGCGGGUCUCGACAUCGUGAUCGGCUCCCGUGAAGUGGCGGGCGCUCGCAGGUUUGACGAGCCAGGUUAUCGGCACCUGAUGGGGCGUGUUUUCAACAGGGUCGUUCGCCUGCUGGCCGUGAGCGGAUUCCAGGACACCCAGUGCGGGUUCAAGUGUUUCAGAGCGGCGGCGGCGGAGGAACUCUUCAGCCUCCAGCGGACGAGGGGAAUGGGGUUCGACGUAGAGAUUCUGUUUCUUGGGGUGAAGAGAGGUUUCAGCAUCGAGGAGAUGCCGAUUGAUUGGUAUCAUCAGGCCGUCAGUAAGGUCCGCCCCGGGGUGGAUACGAUUGACAUGCUCAAGGAUACGAUCGUCAUCAGGCUGAGGGACGUCACGCGGAGGUAUGGAUGA